AUGUCUCCUCUAGCCCAGUCUGAUCUUCCUUCCUCUCGGUCUCCCUCCUCUCCUCCUCCUCCUCCUCCUCCUUUCGCCUCCGCAACCUCCCCACUACUACGAUCAGAUCCUCAGUCUCCGAACUCGUGUCCUCUCGAGACAUCCACCACCGUUGGAGCAUCCCUUCUGCGCGAGUAUGCGCUUCACAUAGAUCCCUCCCAAUCUACGAGCGAAAUCCAUGUGAACGAAUCCCCCUCCGGACUCUCCAAGGGUAGGACCAACGUCCCCCAGAAGCUGGAGCUGCACCCGGAAGAGGCGCCCCCCGUCACCUCCCUACCCUCCUCUCCUUUCCUUUCCUUCCGCUCCUCAGGGCCCCUGGGCUCGCAGCAUCGCAAGAACGCCUCGUCCAGCGAUCUCAUCCCGCGCCAAACGAUCAUGAAAGCCCUCGCCUCCAGACCGUCGCUGUGCAGCAGCCCCAACGCCAAUACCCCCCUGGCCACGUCGCUGGGCUUGUUGGCCACCAGCCCCAAUUCCAGUACCCCGAUGGACGCCGACCUGCAUCGCUCGACCAAGACCUCGUCGUCGCAGAAGCUCUCGGCUGCACUGUCCAACCUGCAGCUGAGCAAGUAUCUCGAGCGGUCGCCGUCGACCGCGCAGUUGGUUCUACAAUCCCCAUGUUUCUUCCAUCGGAGGUUCGACGAUGCGGUGAAUAUUCAGAAAGUGCUGGAGGAGAUCGCUGAUGAUGAGUGGUUGUCGCAUUCGCGGCUGGUCCAGACGGCAACCGGGGUGCGGGAGGUGUCCAAGCAGCUGCAGCGGCGGCCGAUCAAAAGGGCAGUGAAGAACGUCAUGAUCGUCACCAAGGCGCGCGACAAUCGCUUAGUGCACCUGACGCGCGAGUUGGCCGAGUGGCUUCUGUCCACGCCGCGAUAUGGGAGCGACCUCGGUGUCAACGUCUGGGUGGACUCCAAGCUGCGGAAUUCCAAGCGCUUCGACGCCGCGGGCCUCUUCCAGGCGGAGCCUCGCUUCGAGAAGAUGCUGCACUACUGGACCCCGGACCUCUGCUGGUCGACUCCCGAGAAGUUCGAUCUGGUGCUGACGCUGGGCGGCGAUGGCACCGUGCUGUUCACCUCCUGGCUCUUCCAGCGGAUUGUGCCGCCCGUUCUCUGUUUCUCGCUGGGGAGCCUGGGGUUCCUGACCAACUUCGAGUUUGAGAAUUAUAAAUCCCAUUUGAAUGCGGUCAUGGGGGAGGUGGGGAUGCGGGUCAACCUGCGGAUGCGGUUCACAUGCACCGUGUUUCGCAAGGAUCGGAGCAAGGGCGCACAGGCCGAUGCGGUCGAAGAAGGGGAGCAGUUUGAAGUCCUGAACGAAUUGGUGAUCGAUCGGGGGCCGUCGCCCUACGUGUCGAACCUCGAGCUCUAUGCCGAUAACGAUUUGUUGACCGUGGUCCAGGCGGAUGGCUGUAUCUUUUCGACGCCAACCGGGUCUACCGCAUACUCUCUUUCUGCCGGGGGUUCUCUCAUCCACCCGUCCAUUCCGGGCAUUCUCCUGACGCCCAUCUGCCCGCACACCUUAUCCUUCCGUCCUAUGGUCCUCUCCGAUUCCCUGUUGCUCCGCAUUGCCGUCCCCAUGGGGUCCCGAUCCACGGCGUACUGCUCCUUCGAUGGCAAAGGCCGCGUGGAGCUCCGUCAGGGAGACUAUGUGACCGUAGAAGCCAGCCAGUAUCCCUUCCCUACGGUUGUUUCCGGCAGCGGCGAGUGGUUCGAAAGCGUCCAGCGCGCCUUGCGUUGGAACACACGCGGGGCGGUGCAGAAGAGUUGGAAUCGCGACGGGGACGCCGACCUCUCCGGCGACGAAGCUGAGGAGGAGGAAUGGGACAUCGACACGGAUGCCGGUCUGGCGGGCACCGACAGCGGCCUGGGUCCCAGCGAGGACGGUGAGUCGGGUACCACCAGUCCGAUGAAACGACAGAUGAGCCUGCUCAAUAUGUAG